CUGUUUUCUUGUCUCGGUGGUCUCCAGCCUCCUCCAUGGCUCUGCAGGUUUUGGGAAUCACUCUGUCAAUGAUCGGCUUUGCGGGAACCAUCAUCAUCUGCGCGCUGCCCAUGUGGAAGGUGACCGCCUUCAUCGGGACCAACAUCGUGGUGGCUCAGGUGUUUUGGGAAGGCCUGUGGAUGACCUGCGUGUACGAGCGCAUCGGUCAGAUGCAGUGCAAACUUUAUGAUGCCCUGCUGGAUUUGGACCCUUUCCUGCAGGCGUCCCGCGGGCUCAUAGUGACCACCAUGGCUUUGGCCAGCUUGGCUUUCCUCAUUUUUCUGAUUGGGGCUGAUUGUACUAACUGUCUGAGUAACCCACGGGCCAAAGCGCGGAUUGUGGUGGUCUCUGGGAUCACCUUUAUGCUUUCGGGACUGACAACUGUGGUGCCCGUUUCCUGGACAGCCGACUCCAUUAUAAGGGACUUUCACAAUCCUGUAGUGCACGAGGCUUUAAAGAGGGAGAUGGGGGCAGCUCUUUAUGUGGGAUGGUUGACAGCUGGGUUUCUGUUUGUGGGCGGAGCAAUUCUCUGCACCAGUUGCCCACCAGAGCGGGAGAACUAUUUACCACGGUAUACUUUAACAAAGUCUGGCACUCACAGUGGCUAUGCUGUAAAUAAUUAUGUCUGA